AUGACAAGCAAAGAAACUUUCAAUGUACUCUGGCUGAGAGUGGACAACUUAGAGACUAUAACUGUAACCUUUGUCAAUCUUGGAAUCGCAUGUGCUCCGAUAAUUUUCUUUGGAUACUCGUUGGUCAUUUGGUCAAUUUGGAAAGACCCUCUAAAGAAGCUUCGCAGAUCGCCAUCUGGGUUGAUCGUGUUAUCAAUGGCCACUGCCGAUUUUCUUAUUGGAUCAGUUCUACUCCCUACAGCCGUGACUUGGGGUUGGUCCAUGUUUCAUUUCAAAAUUCCCCGAAUUCCAUACCUGGCGGUCAGUGCAGUCUUCGUCUACGUUAGCGUUGGUCACAUCUUCCUCCUAACACUUGACAGAUUCUUUGCCAUCGUAUCACCGCUUCAGUAUCGAGCUGUUGUCACGCCUAAAGGAAUCAGUGUUGCUAUUGUUAGCUGUUGGAUUUAUUUCUUCAUCUUUGAAAUUACUUUUGGCUUAUUGCAACACCGAUACUUUAUCAUAAUGGAAACUGCGUACAAUAUUCAAAUUAUCAGCAUUCUCCUUGGCAUAUCUGUAAUGUCUGCUGUGAUGAAAAAACCAAAGAAGUGUCGAAAAGGUAUAUUUAAGAGCCGGAUGAAAGGAAUUGACGGUGGUUAUAAAUUGAGGGAGCUCCUCUUUGGUAGAGGAGGUAGCGCCGAUGUAAUCGUCAGUGUAACGGCCGUAGAGUUCAGUUUAAUGCACGCAAACUCGGGUGUGAAUCCAUUCAUAUACGCAUGGAGGUUUCCAAAAUAUCGGGAGACUUUCAUGCACUUGUUGAAAAGGCGAAAUAAUCGAAGCGGACAAUUCAUUGAGCAUCAGUUUUACGACACUAGGCUUUAA